GCGUCUGGGCCAUUAUUUUGUCCUCCUCAAGCUUCAAAUGAACAACAGGCGAAGCGUUCCUUGAAAUGAAUUAAAUAUUAAUACGCGGAAGGAGCUUCCUUUCCUCCUCGGUCACCACUGCGGACCUUCAUGGAGCCUCUCGGUCAGUAGCUCGCCGUGUCGCCGGGCUGAUCGCUCCUCGGUCCGACUCGAGGCCGAAAACAGUGCUCGGAGUGACAGCCCCGUUAAAGGCAGCAGAUUGGGUGUUUAUCUGGUUGACUAGCCACCUAGCUAGCUCCAGAGACAGCUCAGAAGGGGAGGAAGAGCCCGGGAGGAGCAGCAGGACACUUGAGGAGACAGACGAGCCGUGGCUGUCCCUGUCCCACCCUACCGAGGGGAUGAUGGCUCACCUUCGAGACAUGCAGAACCAGAAUACACGGUUGGACCCCGAGGAGUACUUCACCAAGCAAGAGCGGAUUGGGAAAGGCUCCUUUGGAGAGGUCUACAAAGGCAUCAACAACCGCACAAAGGAAGUGGUGGCGAUUAAAAUCAUAGACCUGGAGGAGGCCGAGGACGAGAUCGAAGACAUCCAGCAGGAGAUCACAGUGCUCAGCCAGUGUGACAGUCCUUUUGUUACCAAGUAUUACGGCUCAUACCUGAAGGGGACCAAGUUGUGGAUUAUCAUGGAAUAUUUAGGUGGAGGAUCUGCUCUGGAUCUGCUCCGUCCAGGGCCUCUUGAAGAAACGUACAUUGCAACAAUACUGAGGGAAAUACUAAAGGGGCUUGAGUAUCUGCACUCUGAGAGGAAGAUUCACAGAGAUAUUAAAGCUGCCAAUGUGCUCUUGUCGGAGCAGGGCGAAGUGAAGCUGGCAGAUUUCGGGGUGGCAGGACAGCUGACAGACACCCAGAUAAAAAGGAACACGUUUGUGGGCACGCCUUUCUGGAUGGCUCCGGAGGUUAUCAAACAGUCGGCUUACGACUUCAAGGCGGACAUCUGGUCCUUGGGCAUCACUGCCAUUGAGUUGGCCAAAGGAGAACCUCCCAACUCCGACCUACACCCCAUGAGGGUCCUCUUCCUCAUCCCCAAAAACACUCCUCCCACCCUGGAGGGGCCUUACAGCAAACCUUUCAAAGAGUUUGUGGAAGCUUGUCUAAAUAAAGACCCACGUUUUAGGCCAACCGCCAAAGAGCUUGUGAAGCACAAGUUCAUCACACGUUACACCAAGAAGACAGCCUACCUGACAGAGCUGAUUGACCGCUACCGACGCUGGAAGUCAGAGGGACACGGGGAGGAGUCCAGCUCUGAUGACUCAGAUAUGGAUGCUGAUGGUGACGUGGAUACAUGUCCCAUGUGGACCUUCCCCACGGUCAGACCCAACUCUAUGAACAAGUUACAGAAGGGCUACACACACACAGAUUCCGACUCAGGAGACUUGGUGAAACGACAACCUAAGUCACAAUGCUUGUCUGCUUUGGUAACUCCCAUUUUCAGAGAGUUGAAGGAGAAGCGGCGGGCAAGUGGCGGAGGUGUAGGAGCUAUCGAGGAGUUGGAGAACGCCUUCAACCUCGCGGAGGAGUCCUGUCCGGGCAUCUCCGACCGCCUCGUCACACAUAUGAUGGAGAGAGUGUGCAGGUUUUCUUUAAAUGGUAACACCACCCCGUCUUCGCGGUGAAACCCCCAGCUGGAUGUAACUUAAACCUGUCGCCCCUUUUUUCUGUCUCCCAGACCCACCCAAUGUCUCAGAUAAGGACAACAGAAGAACACCCCCCCUCCACACACACACACCCUCCUCACUACCUUUACUCCUUUCCUAGUCCUGUCCCUGAAGAGAUCUUUUAAUUAGUUAUAAUUAAAUAUUUUUACAGUUUUUUCUUUAAGAGCGGAGAGUAUUUAAGACAAAAAAAGCCACAACAUUUAGAGCGUUGUGUAUACCUGUUAGGUUGAGAAGAAAAAAAACUAUAAUAAAGUUUAUGGAAAAUG